AUGGCUCGAUCAAUCGUGGUGCUCGCGAGCCUCCUGGCCGCGGCGACGACGGCCCUCGCCCCCGCGCGGCGACCGUCCAUACGCCAGACCGUCCGCGUCGCCGCGGACAGGGGCUUCGGCGCGCCGUCGAAGAAGAAGAAGCCCAAGAAGAAGGACGCGCCGCCGCAGCUGUCCUUCGCCGAGGACGCCGCGGGCGCCGGCGCCGACUUCGAGGCGAGCGGCAACUCGGAGCUCCUGGCGCAGCUCCUGGCCAAGGAGGAGGACCGCGCCGCCGAGGUGAGCGCGCAGGUCGAGGACCUGCGCGAGCGCGACGCGUACGUGCGCGAGGCCGGCGUCGAGGCCGCGCGCGUGCCCGACGCCGUCGCGAACCGCAUGGUGCUGCGCAUGGCCCUCUUCGGCGGGCUGCCGGCCUUCGGGGGCGUGGGCCUCUUCGUCUGGUUCUACUUCGCCGCGACGCGCGACGACAACGUCUUCCAGCCGACGGCCGUCGCGACGGCGACGACGGUGCCCUGGGUCAUCGGCCUCCUGGGCAUCGGCUACGGCGCGCUCUCCGCGUCCUGGGACGAGGAGGAGGACGGCAGCGCGCUCGGCUUCAAGGAGAUCAAGCUCAACGUCGGCCGCCUCCUCGACGGCGUCUCGCGGUCCGCCAAGGACGCGCAGCUCCGGGAGAAGGUCGACCGCGACGAGAAGCGCCGCCGGCCACCACCGACGAUGGCUUCACUCGUGGACGCGCCGUGGGACAAUGCGAAGACGUCCGCAAGCAACGACGAUGACCUGUUCGAGCGCAUCGGCGCCAUGUCCAUCAAGGACCUGAAGAAGUUCCUCGGCGAGCGCAACGUCACGCCGGACGCGUCCAUCGUCGAGAAGCGCGAGCUGCGGAACUUGGCCUACCAGAGCGCGGGCGUCGGGCCGCCGGCGAAGCCGCUGCCCGCCGGCUGGGCCAAGUUCGUGGACCCGAGCGACGGCACGCCGUACUACCACUGCCGGGCCACGGGCGAGACGAGCUGGGACUUCCCCGAGGCGCCCGCCGCGGCGGCUCCGGCGGCGGCCGCGGAGGCGCCGGCGGACGCGGAGGCGCCGGCGGCCGCGGCGCCCGAGGUCGCGCCGGAGGCGGCGGCGGCGGAGGACGCGCCCGAGGAGGAAGCAAAACCAGACGAGGUGGACUGGAAGACGCUGUCCAUCAAGGAGCUGAAGCUCGUCCUCCACGCGAACGGCCUGUCCACGAAGGGCUUCGCGGAGAAGAACGACUUCGUGAAGCUCGCGACGGACAACGCGGGCUGGAUCCAGCCCCACCUCGCCUACCAGCCGGCGACGACGCGCGCGCCGGCGCCCGCGGCCGCGCCCGCGGCCGCGCCGGGCGGCGCCGCCGUCGCGGCGCCCGAGGUCGUCCUCGGCCCGGCCUUCGACGAGGGCAAGGCGCGGCGCGCGGACCUCGACGGCAUCAUCGAGAAGCCCGUCGGCGGCGAGGACAUCGCCGACGGCGGCUGGCAGAUCGACGUCUUCGGCACGAAGCGCGGCCGCUGCCUCGACGACCCGAGCUGCAUCCGGUUCACGCCCCGGAACAUGCGCGUGAACAACUGCGGCAUGGGCAGCGCCGCCGUGACUUGCAUGCGCUGCGGCCGCGACAACCUGCGCCACCAGGACCUCGGCAAGUGGGAGGAGGGCGAGCCCCACAUGGUCAACGAGCGCGGCGAGGGCGGCGAGCACCGCGGCCUCGCGCCGAGCCUCCUCGCGGCCGGCGCCGCGCCGCCGUCGCUGGCGGAGAACUUCGCCGUCGUCGCGCCCUACUCCGCCGGCCGGUUGAGCCUCUACGGCGACCCGCGGUCCAAGAUGCUCGCCUUCGUCGACUGGGUCUUGAGCGACGCCGGCCGCGCGGCGGGCUGCCCCGACGCGGACCCGAGCCGCGUCUUUCUCUUUGGUUUUUCCGACGGCGCGACGGAGGCCGUGGAGCUCCUGACGACGAAGCGCUUCGCCGGCGGCGUCGUGUGCUCCUACGGCUUCACGGGGACGCUGCCGGCGGCGGCCGUCAGCCGCCUCGCGGACGUGCCCGUCUGGGCGUUCCACUCCGCGGACGACGCCAUCUUCGACGUCGCCAACAGCGACCGCCUCGUCGCGAGCCUGCGGCGCGGCGGCGCGCGGGACGUCGUCAGGUACACGCGCUACGACUCGGACCCGGAGAACGUCGCGGGCUCCGCGCGGGGGCACACGUGCGGCAUCUCGGCGUCGAAGCUCCCCGAGGUGUACGACUGGAUGCUCCAGAUUCACGCGCCCGGAUAA